AGUGUUAUUUCUUAUUUAAGCACGCCAAGGUUUCGAAUUGUAUUCGAGAAUACUUUUAAUUGCCGUACAUAAAAUAUAUGCAAAGUUAAAUUUUGAGUAUAAACAUCAAACAUCUACGAUUAGUUAUCGUGCUACAUUUAUGUGUAUUACAAAAUAAAUGGUGGUUUUGUACAUCUAUAUUUUAAUGCUCCUACAAAAUGAAAUCAACGGAUCACCAACCACAAGGCUAUAGCUUUUGUUUUACAGUAUCACCGCUAGUAUAUUUGUCCGUUUAAUAUUACAUAAACAUCUGACAUAUGUCGGUCAGCCAUUGCUAGUAUUGUGUAUUAUUAACGAACUUUAGAAGGAAUGUAGCGUAUCGAACGUUUUAUAUAAAAAAUACUCGGAUACACAAAUGAGUAAGUCGAGCUUGUCCGUGAAAAAGGCGAAUUCAAUGUUAUAUACACGUGACUGGUCUUAACUCGUUUUUGGCAAUAGUUGACCUAGCCAUGUACAAUGUGUGAAAUCUGACAAAUAAAAAUUUGAAUUGUGUUACCUUUGAAGUGGGUAUGCGAUAUGUCCAUAUGUAUGUUUCUACAUUGUAUUCUACAGAGUAUGAUUUGUGAUGGUUACCAAUGUCUGCUGUAUCAAAUAUGGCAGAAGGAAAUGUCACGUCUAUGGAUAGCGCUUUUUACUUAUUUGAUGUUAACAGAGAGUUUGGUUAGCUCUGAGUUAGCGAGUGAUAUGGAGAAUUACCAGUUUGUUAAUGAUGGUCGCUUGGAUUAUAUGAUGAUACCACGUGACUAUGAUGACAGAAUGAAUUCAAAAUCGUUGACAAAUUUGAAGUGGCUACAUUUUUCUAAAAAUGACUUUUUGUAUAGCUACGCGGAUGAAAUGCUUAGCAAAACAAUUAUUCAGAGUCUAGCGCUGAUAUUAGAAGAACCAGUUAUGUUACUAAGUCCAAAAAAUAUGACAUUUCGUGUUAAAACAAAACCGGCAAUUCAGACAGUUUCUCUAAUGGCUAAUGCUAUUUCACAAUCUACAAUACAAAAACAUAAAAUAUUACGAUACGCCAAUCAUAUUCUGCAAGAAGGAGGUGUAAAAAUUUUAAGUCGUGAAAGAUUAUUUGAACGCCACAGCCAUACUGCGCAAGACUCUGAUAUUAAAUCAACACAAAGCAUGGAUCUAGAAGCUGUACCAACAAAAAAUAAACAUAGCAUUGUAGAUGUUUGCGAGUCAUGUCAAAUGCGAGAAAAAGUGAAGCUCAAAAGCUUAGAAUCAAUAAAAAAUCUUAUUCUCAUUCGCUUACAAUUACAACGCUUGCCAAAUAUAACCAAGCCCAUAGUUGUGCCUCAUAACAUUAUUGACAAAUUCUAUAAAAACUUUCAUGGUCCAGUGACAGACAACUUCGUGGGCUACAGCAUGAACUCUGAGGUGCGAAAUGCAGAUUUAAACGGACUAAGGCAGCAGAAAAAAUUUGUCCCAAGCUUACCACAAUACACAAAGAUUGCUAGGAUGCACAGAACUCAUUACCAGUAUGGACAGCGACGUCUCUUUGAUAAUCAAAAUACACAAGGGAAAUACCAGACAAUCCACAAAAUACCCAGUAAACCUUCGCUAGAUCCUUCCCUCAUUCACUCUCACGACAAUUACGAAAAACUACACGAACCAACUGAGCAUGUGCAAAACGAUGAAUAUGUACAGAAUGAUGGCCUUCAACUGCAAUACGAUGAUCAACACAUGCUUAGUAUAAAUAAUCGAAAACAACCAAUGAAUAACCAGCAAGAAAAAUUGUUUCCUCCCAUUGAAAUUGAUACAUAUGGCAUAUCCCAUGAGAAUUUUGGUACAUAUGACCCCAUAAGGGACGUAGAUGAUGAAUCGCUCUCGCAUGUUAACAGCAUAUAUGUUUUUCCAUCCGCUUCUCGCGUGCGUCACAAUCGUAGAUGGGAUGUAAUGAAUUUUAAAUUUGAUCACAGCCAUUUAACAAUAGUUCGUACGAUAAUUCAUCUUUACAUACGUGGUCGGGAUUGGAUGCUAAAACAUUAUCCCGAAAUAUUGGAACAAACGGUUGUUAAUGGGACGACCAUGCGACGACGUGACCUAAUUAUUAUGAUUCAUCACGUCGCGCGAGGUUCGCAUUACCAAAAUCUCACACAUACGUUAAAAUUAUUAGAAAGCCGUCAUCGCAUACCAGCGGGCUUAGGACAAUGGGUGCAAUUGGAAGUGAAACAUAAACUACCAUUCUGGCUGAACCAAAAUUAUAUUACAAUGACGCUUGCAAUUAAGACGCGUGAGGCUUGGAUGCGGACAUUUUUAGUAAUCGAUACUGAAGAUACACAAAAUAAUCAAUUUCCUCUACACAUCGAAGCAUUUAUCAGACAGCCUCGUCGCCGAAAACGAAGCACAUCAUUAGAUUGCCAAGAGAGUGACCACGAAGUGCGUUGCUGCCGAUACCCACUUAAAGUAAAUUUUACUAAUUUCGGCUGGAACUUUGUCGUUGCGCCAACCUCAUUCGAUGCAUACUUUUGUAAUGGAGAAUGUAAAGUUGGUUAUUUGGAACAAUAUACUCAUACCCAUAUUGCAUCAUUAACAACUUCUGCGACUCCCUGCUGCUCACCAACUAAAAUGAAUUCAUUAAGUUUACUUUAUUUUGACCAAGACCAUAAUUUAGUUUUAAGCACGAUACCUAAUAUGUCGGUGGAGAAAUGCAGUUGUUCGUAAAUAAUUAUAAAUAUGUGCAUUUUGCGUAUGCAUUUAUGAAUAUUAAUUAUGGGUAAGUUUUAGAAUAGCAUUCCGCGAAUUCGGGGUUGAAAUGGGUAUGUACGGAUAGAGGAGGUUCUUCAGAUUCAGAAAAAAAAAAAUAUAUAUGGUUGCCGCUGAGUUAUGGUUUUUGAGAUAUUUGUAUCAAAAGUUCAAAAACUUAACCAUUGAAAGUGCGUAUUUCUUCGAUUUAUAAUGAUUUUUCACUGAUAUUUUUAACUUUUAUAUCCACUAACACUUUACUAAUUAGUUUCCACACAUUUAUUUUAUAUUAAAUAGUGCAAAAAAACUUUCAUUCAUUAUUUGACUUUUGUUUCAUUACUUUUAUUCACAUAAUAACCAAAGGGUUGCAUUCUAACAAAUAAUCAGUGCUAUCUUAUCUACAUAUUUUAUAAAGAAACCCAAAGGAGUAAAGAAAACCGAUAAUACUCCAAUGGCAGGAAAUAAAUAACAAAUUAUUAGUUUUUCGCGUAGAAUUUCUUUGUGCAUUGGCGGCCUUCGGCCGCGAUUCAAAAAAAAAAAAUAGCCCUGGUCGGUCCAACACCGGGGUGUCUUUAGUUCUUGCGUAAAACUCAUUUUUGCGUUGGCGGCCUUCGGCCGCGGUUCAAAAAAAAAAAAUAGCCCUGGUCGGUAUAACACCGGGGUGUCCUCAGUUCGUUUGCGUAGAAAACGUUUUUCCGUUGACGGCCUUCGGCCGCGCUUCAAAUAAAAAAUAACCAUCGAUCCAACAUCGGAAUUUACCAAGAGAAAUCAUCACACGAUUAUGAAUUUUGUAUUGACGGUAAAAUCCUUCUUUUUUAUUUAUUUAUAAUCGUUUGAAAAAUAUGGAAACAAUUAUUUUUUGUUUGCAUGCAACCACUUUGUUAUUGUUUAAAUAAAUGGAUUUGAACCAAAGUUAAAUAUUGAAUUAACAUUAGUUUUGCACUAUUAAAUGCAAAACAUAUGUGUAGAAACGAAUAAGUGUAGUUAGUAUUAGUGCAUAUAAGAGUUAAAAAUAUAAGGGUAAAAUUUAUUAUAAAUCAAACAAAUAGGCACUUUAAAUGGUUGAAUUUUGAACUUUAAAUGCAAAUAUCCCGAAAACCAUAAGUCACCUAAAUUAUUCUUAUUUUCUUAAUCUGGAGAACCUCCUCUAUCCGUACAUACCCAUUUUAACCCCGAAAUCGGGGGAUUCUUAAUUUUUACUGCAUGUUUCAAUAUUAUUGCCAUAUGCAAUAGAGAUAUAUUUAUAACUACAAAUUGUAUCGAUGACACUGAAAUUCAGUUACAUUAAUGUACAAUAAUAAUAAAUGCUUAUUUUGGACCAGCAGGUAUGUAAUAUGCUAGACAAGAAUAUAAA